AUGUCUAUUGAGAUCGAAUCGGCAGACGUUAUUCGUCUAAUACAACAAUAUUUAAAGGAAUCAAACCUAUUCAGGACUCUACAUACAUUACAGGAAGAAACUGGAGUAACGCUAAAUACCGUGGACAGCGUAGAUGGUUUCUGUGCUGACAUAAACAAUGGUCACUGGGACACUGUCCUUAAAGCCAUACAAAGCUUAAAAUUACCUGAUAAGAAACUGAUUGAUUUAUACGAACAGAUUGUUUUAGAGCUUAUUGAGUUGCGAGAACUGGGAGCGGCACGAUCCCUGCUGAGACAAACCGAUCCUAUGAUAAUGCUGAAACAGAAUGAACCGGAAAGGUACAUCCAUUUGGAAAACUUAUUGGCUAGGUCUUAUUUCGAUCCGCGGGAGGCCUACCCAGACGGCAGCAGCAAGGAGAAGCGCCGCGCAGCCAUAGCGCACGCUUUAUCCGGGGAAGUUUCCGUCGUACCCUCGUCCCGUUUGCUCGCUUUGCUGGGUCAGGCUCUAAAGUGGCAGCAGCAUCAGGGACUGUUGCCGCCUGGGACCACUAUCGAUUUGUUCCGGGGCAAAGCGGCCGUCCGCGAACAAGAAGACGAGACUUUUCCCACGCAAAUGGCGAAACAGAUCAAGUUCGGGCAGAAGUCUCAUGUGGAAUGCGCGAGGUUCUCGCCAGACGGGCAGUAUCUCGUCACCGGGAGCGUCGAUGGUAUUGUAGAGGUGUGGAACUUCACCACGGGCAAGAUUAGGAAGGAUCUGAAGUAUCAGGCGCAGGAAAACUUCAUGAUGAUGGAGCACGCCGUGCUGUGCAUGGCCUUUUCCAGGGACAGCGAGAUGCUGGUGACCGGCUCCCAAGCCGGUCGCGUCAAAGUGUGGCGUAUAAGCUCGGGGCAGUGCCUGAGGAAGAUCGAGAAGGCGCACUCCAAGGGCAUAACCUGCCUGCAGUUCUCCAGGGACAACAGUCAGGUCCUGAGCGCCUCCUUUGACUACUCGAUACGGAUACACGGGCUGAAGUCUGGCAAGACCCUCAAGGAGUUCAGGGGGCACACUUCCUUCGUGAACGAGGUGAUAUUCACGCAGGACGGGCAUAACAUAUUGAGCGCGUCGUCGGACAGCAGCGUAAAAGUUUGGAGCAUAAAAACGACGGAGUGCGUCAACACGUUCAAGUCCCUCGGGGCGGGGGACACCUCAGUGAACAACAUCCACAAUUUCGCCAAAAACCCCGAGCACUUCGUCGUGUGCAAUCGAAGCAACACCGUCGUCAUUAUAAACUUACAGGGACAGAUCGUGAGGUCGUUCGCUAGCGGGAAGCGAGAAGGGGGCGAUUUCGUGUGUUCUACGGUGUCUCCGAGGGGCGACUGGAUAUAUUGCGUAGGGGAAGACAUGGUUCUGUACUGCUUUUCCACGAAUUCGGGGAAAUUGGAACGAACCUUGAAUAUUCACGAGAAGGACGUAAUUGGAAUAGCGCAUCAUCCACAUCAAAAUUUGAUAUGUUCGUACAGCGAGGACGGUUUAGUCAGGCUUUGGAAGCCUUAAAAACAAUUUUUUUUAUGAUUUCACGAUUUAAAUGAAGUAAUUUUAUUGUGGUUCAAUCCUUGAUAGAAAUAAAUAACAGAGUACCUUUAA